CCAAAAGCUGACAAUGACCUAGUUCCCCCCUCUCUGAGCUGAGCUUUCCAUCUCUCCCAUCAUUCAUCAGAAGUGGGUGUAGGCUAGGUAGCAGCAUCACCAUCACAUCAAGCGCCACACUACGCCUGCUGCCACCUCUCCUGCACUCUCUAACACACCGGAGAGAGGGAGACAAGGGGGACGAGAGAUAGAGAGAGAGCGUGUGCAGGAGAAAAAGAGGGAGACAGAGAGUGGAGGAGAGAAACAGAGGGAGGGUGUGUGUGAGAAAGACACAGAGAGUGUGUGAGAGAUAGAGACACUGUGAGGGAAGCCUAGCUAGGAGGAAGAGAGCAAAAAAGGGAGGAGGGUGAUAGAGAAGGGGGCGAAACAAACAACAGGAUGGCAGAGCCGGAGCUGAAACCAUGGAGCAGCCAGGAGAGCUUGAAGAAGGCAGCCGAGGACCAGGAGAAGAUGGAGGCUGAGGCAGUUCCGGACAACCCUGACAAGCCUCCGUCGCUGGACAAGCCUCCAUCCAAGCCUCCGUCUCCAUCCACCCCUACCCCUACGGCUGCCGACGCCGUGGAAGCCACCACCCCUACCGCAGAGGCCUCCUCCCCAACCAAGGUGGCAGGCGGCAAGAUUGAACUGAAGCGCAGCAUCACGCUCUUCAACGGCGUGGGCAUGAUCAUUGGCACCAUCAUCGGCUCGGGCAUCUUCAUCACGCCCACCGGGGUGGUGAAGGAGGCGGGCUCGGCCGGUCUUUCGCUGGUGGUGUGGGCCGUGUGUGGCGUGGUGUCCACCAUGGGCGCCCUAUGCUACGCCGAGCUGGGUACCACCAUCACCAAGUCAGGAGGAGACUACACCUACAUCCUGGAGGUGUACGGUGAGCUGGCUGCCUUCCUCAAACUGUGGGUGGAGAUGCUGAUCAUCAGGCCAUCCUCCCAGUACGUGGUGUCGCUGGUGUUCGCCACCUACCUGCUGAAGCCCCUCUACCCAAACUGCAGUGUGCCCGACAGUGCCGCCAAGCUCAUCGCUUGUCUCUGCCUCACAUCGUUGACCUUUGUGAACUGCAUCAGCGUGCGGGCUGCCACCAAGGUCCAGGACUUGUUCACUGCGUCCAAGCUCCUGGCCCUGAUCAUCAUCAUCAUCUUCGGCUUCAUUCAGAUCGGCACAGGUGAUGUGCCAUACCUGACACCAGAAUUAGCAUUUGAAGGCAGCAAAUGGGGAGUCGACAACAUUGUGUUGGCUCUGUACAGUGGACUCUUUGCUUUUGGUGGCUGGAAUUACCUGAAUUACGUGACAGAGGAAAUGAUCAAUCCAGAGAGAAACCUGCCCCUGUCCAUCAUUAUCUCCAUGCCCAUUGUGACCGUGGUGUACGUACUGACCAACCUGGCCUACUUCACCACUAUCCCCCCGAGUGUGAUGGUUGAGUCCGAGGCAGUAGCUGUGAUCUUUGGGGAAUACCAUCUUGGUGUGAUGUCCUGGCUCAUCCCUGUCUUUGUGGGCCUGUCCUGCUUCGGAGCUGUCAACGGAAGCCUGUUCACCUCUGCACGGCUGUUUUAUGCUGGCGCUCGAGAGGGUCAGCUCCCUGCUGCACUGGGAUUGGUCCACACUGACCUCUUCACCCCAGUGCCCUCUCUAAUUUUCACAUGUUUCCUGUCCAUGCUUUACGCCCUGUCCAAGGACAUCUUCUCGGUCAUCAACCUGUUCAGCUUCUUUACCUGGCUGUGUGUGGGCAUGGCCAUCGCCGGCUUGCUGUGGCUCCGCUGGACCAAGCCAGAGCUCAGGAGGCCCAUCAAGAUUUGGUUGGUGGUCCCUGUGGUGUUUGUGCUGGGCUGUGUCUUCAUGAUCGUGGUGUCCUUCUGGGCAGCUCCCUUUGAGUGCCUGAUAGGCAGUGGGAUCAUCCUUACUGGUAUCCCCGCCUAUCUCCUGGGGUAUAAGUGGAAGAAGCCCCACGUUGUAAAGAAGAUCCUAGAGAUCUUUACUCUGUUCUGCCAGAAGAUUUUUAUGUCCGUUCCAGAAGAACGUGAAGAGAUGGAGUCAGCCGAAGUAGCUGAAGAAGUCGAAACAACAAAGGAUGACUGAGUCAAUGUUGUAGUUGGAACAUUACAUGUUUACCCUCAUUGUUGAUUUUGUUACAGAGUUCUAUGACUCUUGGUAAAGUAGGGGUUUAUUCAAAUUGCUUCGGUGUACAUAUUUUGUAUUUUACAUGAAUUUUCUUACUGUAUUGUCUCUUUUUACUCUCUCCAGCAAUUCAAUUCCAGUAAUUCCACUUUCCAGUCAUAUUUUGCUUUCACACUUUUUCAAAUGUGACCUAACCUAACCUUUUUUUUUACGUUUCAUAUGUUUUAACCUAUUUUGCACGGUAUUCAAUAGGCCUGAAUUAAGCUAACAAAAAGAGGAAAAUCUAUUUCUAUCAACAAAGUCAUAUUUCCAUCAAGUGUUGAUAUGUUCUCUAGACAAUCAUCCAAACAUCUUUGAUAAUGCAUACAAUACCGUGUGCUUCGUCUUAAUGGUCUUCAUCUAACUAAAGAUAAUUACAUAUUUGACUUUUGAAUUAUAUAAUUAUUAACCCCCACUUUAACUGAAGGUAUGUAUUUAACACAGUGUAGUUGCAGGAACUAGCUACUGGUUACUUAAUGUGAUUGCACAAUGGCCAUCAAUCUAUGAGAAACCCAUUAAUUUAUUCAGGUAACUCAUACAACACAUUCUGUAAACUACCUUAAUUUUGGAGUGUAAUGUUCCUUUAACAUUAUUGCACUCAUGAUAACAAUUUACAAUUUUAAUUUUAACAUCUAUUUAUUUCUACACUGUAUUGCUACAAGCAGUUUAAAUCCGUUGUUUGGAACACAUAGUUAUUUCCCAUUCUCAAAUUCACUUUGAAACAUUUUCAAAUCAUUAACAAAUGUAUUCGACAGAUUACUAUUUGAAGCACAUUUGUGCAAAGUAGAUUUCUGAUGUGAUUUCUGUUCUGAUGUGUUGCCUUAAGAUUGUUGUCACACAAGUCAGUUGCUUGUAUUGAUACCCAAUGCCAUGUAUACCUCUCAGUUCCUACGUCAAACCAUGCCUUUACGAUAUCUUCGUAAACAUCGUUUUAUGUCAUUCGAUACCAGCCGUUAUGAAUAUGGCACUAAGCCUGUCAAUUUUCUUUGUCUCAACUUGCUACCGGUUUCCAUACAUUUUAAACCAUUAUAUUCGGCGAAUACAUUUGAUAAAUGUUUUUUAUUUUUAUUUGUACAGAUACCUUGCAGGAAAUGUGAUAUCAACAUUCAGCCAACAUACAUUUUAAACCAUUAUAUUCGGCGAAUACAUUUGAUAAAUGUUUUUUAUUUUUAUUUGUACAGAUACCUUGCAGGAAAUGUGAUAUCAACAUUCAGCCAACAUGACAAUUUUGCUACUGAUGCAUACCUUUGUCAUGUUGUGAGCAUCAUAAGUGGACAUUGAAGGGUCUUUUCUCUUUCAAAUGAGCGAUUACUGUAAGUACAGAUCUAAGAUCAGCUUUCCCCAGUCCAAACCUUCUCUGACCCCGAGCCAGACCAGUUCAAGCCAAAACACGAAGAAAAACUAAAAACACCUAAGGGCUCUAUACAAUCCAUAUCGCUGAAGCGUUACAGAUUUCGCAUUAGAAAUGUGAAGGUAAUUUCUGAUUAAGCCGACAUAUGCAGCGUUUACCGUGAAUGCCAUCUUUGCCAAUGUGGGAAUAUUGCCUUUAAAUGUUUGUUGGGCUUUAGCACUACAUUUCCACGAUAUGGAUGGAAUAGAGCCCUAAAUGAAAUUCUGGAGGGUCUUUAGCACAAAAUAUUAGCACAAACAUGUACAUGUUACUGAAUUAGGGACACAAUGCAGUGUAGAAUGUUAACUGCUCCUAUUAUUAUAAAAUAUGGAGAAACUGUCGGGGUACCUUCAUAUUUUUGUGGCCCAAAAUGUACCGCGCAACAUAGUUCAGGUGUGUACAAAGUCUUGCCUAUUAUGUACGGUAAAGCCUUUGGUUGUAUUGAAUGUUAUGGUAAAAAACUUGUUUGUAAUUUGAAAUCGGAAGAAACAAUUGUACCUCUGUCAGCUAUUGUAAUUUAAAUGUCAGUGACCAUGGCGGGUAGGGUACGUACAUGUACCAUUAAACUAUUUUUGUUCAAAAGG